UCCUUUUUUGGAAAUUUUUCAUUUUAUUACGUCGCAGAUCACAUCAUAUUUGGAUUGAAGAGCGUAGCAAGAUGACUGUUUCCGAUAAAAACUCAAGUCAACGAUAUACCCUAGAGUAGGUAGAGAGACAAGAGAGGGACAAGAGCCCUGCCGCUUCCACGUAUGCAGUGGCGUACCGCGGUGGCAAACGUCCGUACGAGGGCAGGUGUGAUGGGCACCGCGACCGACGACCGAGCGAAGCUCGGUGAACUGAACUGAAGGAAGUGGCGGUGGGACACUGCUGGACUUGACCUUCUCUCUCUCCCUCCCUCCUCUCCCUCUCUCACCCCCACCAUAUCAACUUCCAUUCGUCAACUGGGGUUUCGAAUGGCCGCCGUUUCCAGGAGCAUUGGCAACCGAGUCUCCCCUCAGACUCAGAUCUGGAGUUGGAAAUCCACUACCUCCGCUUCUGUCACUCUUUUCAAGUAUUCUUCUUCAUGUUUGUUUGCCGUUUAGUCCGUGUUACACUUGGAAGCCUAUGUCUAAUGCUUUCCCCAAUGGUGAGUUUUGGCCUUUUUUCACCUUAUCAUCCACUUUUCGACAUGUCUCACUUAUACUUUCGACUGUCUGAGCUUCGCUUGAUCAAUGACUCGGUACUAACUCCGCAACACAUGCAGGAGAAAUGGGCACUCCUCAGCGCCCGAGAUGAAUCCUGAGGUGUACGAGAAGAAUCCCCAUGACCCGGUCCCGCAAAGUGCGGUUCCCGAUGAAGUGAUCCGGAUUCAAUCAGAAGAAUACUGGGUUCCCCACCCGCAGACCGGUGUCUUCGUUCCUCCUUCUGAUUGUGACCCGAGCGAGGACGUGCCCGAGCCCGAGGAGUCGGUGCUGGAGCAGGAGGCCUGGUAUCGCCCAACUGAUAUCCAAGAUCUGGAGAAGCCCAUCAGCCUCCAAGUCGAAGUAUCUGAAACUAGCGAGACGGCAACUGGAGAAUUCGCGGAAUAGUGCAAGGCCGAGCAGCUAUUGCAAAUUGUACAUAGGGAUGGUUAAGGUUAUGUUUUAUGCUAUAUCCACUAGACUCGUCGACUGUUGGUUUAGUCACUCUUGUAACAUAUGAAACCAGUGAGUCAGAUGCAACUUCCUCGUCUUUCGUCUCGAUUCAAUAACCCCUGCUGAUGGGGAACUUACUUA